AGGCGGCAGUCUGACAGUUGACUCAGAAGGCCCGACUCAGUGCGGUUGACACCGCAGUUGACAGAUGGUUGACAGUCUUCCAUAAACAGUGACGUAUGGUUGGUUGCUGUCGUGCAUUUUGUAAGUGUUUUGGCUGCUGUCAUCCAGUGUAAACAAAGUUUCUACAAUAUCGACCAGUUUUAUUUGGCAGUGCGCUACUGUGUUCAUCAAGAUGGUCAAAGGAAUUGUUCUUUUUGUUGAACUGAACGUGGCUUCCUCAACUUAGUACGAUUGCGAUAGUACGAAGAGUAGAAGAGCAGGAGGCUGCAGGGUGGAAGAGCUCCAGCCUCCAACCAGCGCACUCAGCCAGCGUCAGCAUUACUCUGCCAUCUAGCACACCUCAUGAGUCACACAGGUGACCUGAUGUCGGCUGGUGUCGUCCAGCUGCUAGAUGACCUGGCUGCCCUGGCCGAAAAUGAAGACUUGGCAGACAUCGUCUUCCUUGUCGGGCCACAGGAGGAGCGAGUGUUUGCCCACUCCUUGAUCCUGAAGACGAGGUGCCGCAGUUUCCAGCGCACCGAUCGUAAGGAGGUCUGCCAGAUCGCCGGAAGCACCGUCACCACCGGCUCUCAGGGUUCCCUGACGGUGAUCAAGCUGCCCGCCUACCGGCCAGAGGUCUUCAAGCAGGUCAUCAUCUACAUCUACACGGGUCGGGUGUCUCUCUCCGUGGACACGGCUCCCGAGCUGCUCGCCGCCGCGGCCGCUCUCGGCCUGGAGUCUCUCCGGCAGCACUGCCACCAACAUAUCGCCGAUAGUCUGUCGGCCGCCAACGCGUGCGCCCUUCUGGCCGCCGCGGUGCGCCUCCAAGAUGCCACAGGUAGCGAGGACGGGUCGCUGAUCGACAAAUGUCUCUCAUAUAUCGGACAGCGUGCAGCGGAGUGUGUACAGACUGCCGGCUUCCUGAAUUUACCCAGAAAAGCCAUGAUCAGGCUCAUCUCCUCGGAGCAGCUCGCUCUGGACGAGGAGUCUGUGUGGCGUGCUGUGCUCGCCUGGGCCAAACAUGGUGCCGGCGUGACAAGACCGGCGCCCCAGUGGAGCGACGAAGAGCGCACACGCGUCUGCGCCCACAUGAGCGGCGUCAUCAACCACGUGAAGCUCCUUCUGAUCGACAGUCAGGUGUUUGCCGACGAGGUCGAGCCUACUGGCGUCGUUCCCAUGGAGCUCAGCCUGGAGCGCUACCGUUUCGCCGCCCUGCCGGACAAAUUCCGCCGCGAACGGGUGGCGGAGGACCGGCGUCUGCAGCCGCGGCUCAGUGGCCACCUGUUCACGGGCUCCCGGCUACUGACCGGUCCAUCGGCGGGCCGGCUGCAGCAGCUGCUCUCGCAGUGGUACGGGGACACCGGUCAGCGCUGGAGACUGCUCUACCGAGCCUCCGAUCACGACCACAGCGCUCAGGAGUUCCACCGGCUCUGUGACGGCGUGGCCCCCACCUUCACCCUGUGUCUGGGUGAAAGUGGACAGCUCUGUGGUGGGUUCAGCGACGUGGCCUGGGUGCAGAGUGGCGCGAGGGGGCGCUACAUCCAUUCAGACUCGGCGUUCCUCUUUACGCUCGUCAACCAUCAGAACGUGCCACCCACGAGAUUUCCCGUGAAGAAGCGAAUGUACGCCAUAUGUUACCACCCUCAGUGUGGUCCGAUCUUCGGCGCCGGAGCCGACCUGUGCAUUUCUGACCGUUGUGACUCGACCGGAGAGAGCUACUCUAAUCUGCCACACUCGUACGAUGGUGAUGGUGCCUCUUCGGCACUUCUGUUCGGCGACUACAACUUCAACGUAGCUGACUAUGAGGUGUUCACUGUGGCCUGAACAGACUGUGAGGUGUUCACUGUUCAGUGUUCACUGUGGUAUUUUUUUACUUUUAUAUCGCGCUGCUACUACCGUGCUGGUGACAUUUUAUCAAUUUGACCUACCUAUCCGUCCGUGUAAGUGUAUGUUCUAACCCGAACGUCCGUCCAUCACUUCAUAUCAUUGACGAGAGGUGGUAAAUAGCCACAAGCACUGUGGAUCGCCUUAAUAAAUGUCUAUGCCUUU